AGCAGCAUAAUAAAGAUGCACAGUACACUACCAAACAAGCCUCUGCAAAGAACUCACUAUGCAAACUAGCCUAUGAGGUAAACAUGGAACGUUUUUCAAGAGAUGAAUUCAAACGUUCAAAUUUUCACAAGAAAAAAAAUGUUG